AUGUUGAAAACUUUCAUGACUCAAGUCAACCAAAAGUUUGAUUCCAUGGCCACCCAUAAUAAAAUGCUUGAAACACAAAUUGCGCAAUUGUCAUCCUCUAAUGCUUCAAGAGUUCCCGGUUCUUUGCCUCCUCAAGGGGUAAGUCCCGGUGAGACCCAUCAAGCUAAUGCUAUUGUGACAAGAAGUGGGAAAAACCUUGUGAAUUCAACUACUAAGAGUCCAACUCAAGGAGAGAGUGAGCCCAUUGAUGAAAGUGAGCCUAUUGUCGAUACCACCAUAUUCCAAAGAGAGUACGUGGUCCCUCCUUACAAGCCCAAAUUGCCUUUCCCAUCUGGUUUUGCCGGAGCUAACCUCGAUGAUCAAUUUGCAAAAUUCCAAGAAGUCCUCAAGAACCUCUAUGUGAACAUUCCUUUUGCCGAAGCCCUUAGGCAAAUGCCUACUUAUGCCAAGUUUUUGAAGGAGAUUCUAACCAAGAAGAGGGUUGUGGAUGUGGUUGAGACUAUUACCCUACCCGAAAGUUGUAGUGCCAUUAUCCAAAACAAGUUGCCCACCAAAUUGAAAGAUCCCGGGAGUUUUUCCAUCCCUUGUGCAAUUGGGGAACUUGUCAUAGAUAAAGCCCUAUGUGAUUUAGGAGCAAGUGUGAGUGUAAUGCCAUUCUCUAUUUUUCAAAGGUUGAAUGUGGGAGAGUUGAAGCCUACCCAAGUGUCCCUCCAAUUAGCCGACCGUUCGAAAUGGAGGAGGACCCCAAUGUCUCAAUCAUCUUAG